CUACUCGUCAGACUCUGAGCCUGAGGUAAUUCGGUGCUGAAUGGCGCUGAUUGACUCCUGAGACCUGACGCUGCUGAGAUCCACUUCGCAGAUGAGGGAAUUCUUAUAAAUUAUUGAACACGUCAGAGAAUUCAUCAAACCGAAGCCGUGGCCGUAACAAUUUGUCAUCCUUAUAUUACACAUGGCUGCCAAGCACAUCGGUGACUAGACGACGGGUGUGAAAACAGGCAAGUGGCCCAGGGAGCGGAGGCAAUUGCAUCACACUACAGUGGUGAUCCGGCAGUCAAAAGUCUUCACAUAUCCAAAACAUGUCAGGAGCCCUGCUUUUGCCAGCUUCAGGAGGGGCAAGGUUUAGCCGUUGCUCAAAGAAGGCAAUUAGAUUUGCAAUUCACGGUUGUGCAAAUAGACCAUUUUAUCACAUAGUUGUUAUGGAUAAACUAAAGUCCCAACAUGGUUUUGUCAUUGAGCAACUUGGAACAUAUGAUCCAAUGGUCAACUCCCGGGGAGAAAAAUUGUGUUCGCUUAAUCUUGAAAGAAUUUCAUAUUGGAUUGGAGAAGGCGCUGACAUUUCUCAGUCAUGCUCAGUUUUGUUUGGCCUAGCUGGGCUUUUGCCCAUCCACCCACGAACAUACAUGGAAGCAUGGAGAAACAGGAAGAAAUCAGGAGAGGGCGAACCAGCUGCGGAUACUACCUAAAAACCUCUUUGCAUAUUUGUACUUUAGUACAUAUGUACAUAAGUUGAAAAAAAAUUGUUAGCCACAGUUCUUUAAGAUUUCCUUAAUUGAUUAACUCUUCUGUCUCCAUACAUCAAAGAUAAUGAUGUUGGUUAAUAACACUGUCCAUGCAGAGGAUUGUAAAAAAUAAUCAUUAAUAAAUUAUUUAACUAGACAA